GUCAAAUUUUUAUUUUUAGAAUUUUUCGUGUUUUCGGGAUUCUCUGUUUAUAUAUUGAAUUUUAAAAAUUUUAACAUUGUUGUGUAUAUUUUCUAGAAAGUAAUUUAUUUUUACAUAUAUGAAUGUUUAUUUAAUUUGGAUGAGACAAUAUAGCUGGUAACAGGUCAAAUCUGUUGUUUUAAACUGAGGAGCCAGAUAUAUUAAUAAGAUUUUUAGCUUUGUAGUUAUUUUAUACCAAAUUACUAAAAUAUGAACAAACCUACUAACGUUGAAGAUCCUGAUGACAUUACUAUGACUGCACAAGAGUUACAUAUUUUGUCUGAAUUAGACAGUCGUCAAUACGGAUUUUUGUUACUAAACCAACCAGAAAAUGCAUCUAAAAAAGCCUUGGUUCAAAAGGCUGUAAAAUAUUUGCAAUUAAUGGUUGUCCAAGCUAGGAGACAUCAAAAGGCCAAGGAAAAUGAUUCUAACAAUCAGGGGAAAAAUUUUAGCAUUGAUCCAAAGACUUGGGUUAAGUUAGGUCAUUUCCAUUUGUUACUAGAAGAUUAUAGAAAGGCUCUUUCUGCAUACCAAAUGUUUUAUAAAACACAGGCAGAAAAUCAUUGGCAGGAUACAAGUUUUUUAUAUGGCAUAGGAUUGGUUUACUUCCAUUUUAAUGCAUUCCAGUGGGCUGUGAAAGCAUUCCAACAGUUGCUCUAUGUUUCACCUGGAUUUCAGAGAGCUAAUGAAGUCAAUGUGAGGCUUGGGUUGAUGUUUAAAGUUACACAAGAAUAUGACUCAGCACAUAAACAUUUACAGUUAGCCUUAGUUGACAACAGUCCCUGUACAGCCACAAAGAAUACAAUAAAAUUUCACAUAGCCCACUUGUUUGAAGUUCAAGGGAAAGUGAAAAUAGCGAAAGACAGAUACGAAGUUCUUUUGAAAGAGAAGAACAUCUCACAAUCGUUGAGGGCGGACAUAUUUCGACAGCUGGGCUGGUUAUAUCACUGCCAAGACACGUUAGGAGAUAAGAACCACCGUAUUCCACUAGCCAUACAUUAUUUGCAGAGAGCUAACGAGGCUGACCAGUUUUCUGGACAGACUUUGUACUUAUUAGGUAGAUGUUACGCUAGUAUCGGUAAAGUUCAUGAUGCCUUUAUAGCGUACAGGAAUUCCGUAGAGAAGUCUGAAGGGAAUGCGGACACAUGGUGCAGUAUAGGUGUAUUAUACCAACAGCAAAACCAGCCGAUGGAUGCAUUGCAAGCUUACAUAUGCGCUGUGCAACUGGAUAAGUGCCAUUCUGCCGCUUGGGCAAACUUGGGUAUACUUUACGAGAAUUCGCUGCAAGCCAGAGACGCAUAUGCCUGUUACUUGAAUUCCAGUCGUGGAUUAUCCAAUAAACAAACCAACGAAGGCUCCGUAAACACUACUAAACUGCCAAAAAUCAACUUUCCAAACGUGGGCAUGAACCCACAUUUGACACAACGUAUUAACUUCCUGCAGACCCAUCUCUCAAAUGCCCCAAUGCCAAGCGUCACUUCACAGAGGAGGCAGUUGCUUUCUAUCGAAGAGGCUUGGAAUCUCCCGAUAUCGGCCGAAAUGUCGUCCAGACAACAAAACUCGUCCCAACCGAAUCGGAGUACGACAUCGCAAAGUUUCCAGAAAAACUAUUCAUCUACAACCCCACAGGGUCCUCCUCCUCCAUAUCCUUCACCGAACGGUUGUUCUAACACGAAGCGUUUCAAAACAGAACCCGAUCAAAAGCCAGUCAUGAACCAACCUGCCUACACAUUAACGCCCCAACAACUCCAACUGUUGAACCAUUUUCAACUUAAUGCGAGCACCCUCAACCCUAACCAGCAAACCUUAAUGCAGCAAUUGCAACACCAAUAUAGACUGAUGCAACAGAAUCAAGAACAUAACAGGGGUAUGAUGAGAACGACACCUCCUUCCUACAAUAACAAUCAAAGUUUCGAUCAAGAAAUGUCACCAACGACCACUGCCAAAAACGAUAAAAUGGUGCAACCUAGUCCCAUUGUUGAACCUCGAGAUUUCUUGUCAUCUACCGAACCGCAUUCUACUGAUCUGGAUGAAAAUUUGGAAGAGGAUCUCAAAGAUCUGCUUGCGCAAAAAGACUUUUCAACCACCCUUGCUGAAAAUUUACUUAAACAGUUUGGAUCCGACGAUAUCGAUGUUAAAGAUUCGACUCCCAGUUCGAAUAAUUCAAUUGGUAACGUUUCUAAUACCUUGUCAUCAGGACCCUUUUCGCCCUCUAACAUAACACCAAAGCAAGAAAUGGCACAAGAAGUAAAAAGAAAAAUUAAAUCACCCUCAGAAGACAACAUAUUAACAAUAAAAUCAGAACCACUCUGGGAAUUUGAUUCGUUGCAUACAAUAGACAAAAAGUUGUCUGAUGUUGAAUAUCACACUGAAAUGGAUGCUCAGACGAUAAUAAAAUUAUGCAAGGGUGAGGUGAUCACUGGAAACAUCAACAAUUCCAUUAUAUCGGACCAUGCUCCUCCGCCCGCGCCACCGGAACCCCCAGCAGUAAAGCUCAACCACCAACAGUUACUGCCUCCUACUCCUUCGGUCUAUUUGGACAACAAGAAACAUGCUUUCAGUCCACAAUUACAGGAAUUCUGUUUAAAGCACCCAAUAGCUGUGAUACGUGGUCUGGCAUCUGCUUUGAAACUUGACUUGGGUUUAUUUUCCACCAAAACGUUAGUUGAGGCUAACCCAGAUCACAGUGUUGAAGUUAGGACACAGAUACAGCAGCCCUCUGAUGAAAAUUGGGAUCCGCAGACUGGAAAGAAAGUUUGGGCCUGCAUAUCUCAUAGGUCCCACACGACCAUAGCCAGAUAUGCUCAGUACCAAGCGUCAAGCUUCAAAGAUAGCCUAAGAGAGGAGCGUGAGAAAGCGGCCAGUGGACUCUCUGAUUCGGAUUCUAAAGAUUCAACGCCAUGUGGAGCGAAGAGGAGAAAAGUUAACCCUACCACGCCGCCGUGUCCCAGUUUGAAGAACUGCAAGGAACAAAAGACAUUGAAGUUUGGUACAAAUGUUGACCUAUCGGACGAGCGAAAAUGGCGACCGCAGCUACAAGAAUUGAUGAAGCUGCCCGCUUUCGCUAGAGUAGUUUCAGCGGCAAAUAUGCUUUCGCAUGUAGGACACGUAAUACUUGGGAUGAACACAGUCCAAUUGUACAUGAAAGUUCCAGGAAGUCGAACGCCGGGCCACCAAGAGAACAACAACUUUUGUUCAAUAAACAUUAACAUAGGACCUGGUGAUUGCGAAUGGUUCGCAGUACCAGAUGCUUAUUGGGGUUCCAUUUGCGCCCUGUGCGAAAAGAACCAAAUCAACUACUUGCAUGGAUCUUGGUGGCCGGUGCUGGAAGAUUUGUACCAUGCUAAUAUACCGGUGUAUCGGUUCUUGCAACGACCCGGUGAUUUGGUGUGGGUCAAUGCUGGUUGUGUGCAUUGGGUUCAAGCCGUCGGAUGGUGUAAUAACAUUGCUUGGAAUGUGGGACCACUCACUGCCAGGCAGUACCAGCUUGCGAUUGAGCGUUACGAGUGGAAUAAGCUGCAAAGUUUCAAGUCUAUUGUUCCAAUGCUGCAUCUCUCGUGGAAUUUAGGCCGGAAUAUCAAAGUUUCCGAUAAAAAACUCUUUGAAUUGAUCAAAAAUUGCCUUCUUAGGACACUAUUAAAAUGCUGUAGAAUAUUGGAGUUUGUCAAAAAUAGAGGUGUAGAAGUGAAAUUCCAUGGUAGGGGGAAGAAUGAAGCGUCACAUUACUGUGGACAAUGCGAGGUGGAGGUGUUCAAUAUUUUGUUCAUCCGGGAGCAGGAAAAGAGGCACGUGGUCCAUUGUAUGGACUGUGCGCGAAAGCAGUCGCCGAACUUGGAGGGAUUCGUCUGUUUGGAGGAAUACAAGAUGCAGGAGUUGUGCGACGUUUAUAACAAUUUUGUUCUUCAUACUAAUACGAACUCAGCUCACGAUCAGUUUAGAAUAACUUAGUUAAUAAAUUUAGAUGACCGCCCACAGAGGUCAGCUAUCACUGCCACUUGUAACUGAUGUACAACUUUAAUAUUAAUAUUUGCUUGUUAUAUAGCGUAUAACUUGUAAAGAAACCAAGCGUGAUAAUUUAUGAUACUAUUUUGCAUAUUUUUAAUGUAUAUAAGUUUGUCUUGUAAGAUGGAUAGUCUAUGGAUUAGCACAGAUGUUGACAAUGUAGAAGGAAUAUAGUCCGUGUUGGGAAAAAAGUUAGCGAAAGUGGUGUUCAUGUUCGAUAAGAGGCAAGGUGAGUCGUGUUCCAUACACCAAAGUUACCUUCUUAUGUGUAACACCUGUGAAACUUUAACAUGAUGCUCUUAAAAGAAAAAAUACCUCAGAAGUAACUUUUUGUAGUUCAAUUAACUUUAGGAUAAGGUUAGAGUUGUUUUAGGAUCAUGCACUCCUUGUGCCAAUGCGAACUUUGACAGCUGACUAUUCUCAAAUGCUAUUUUUGAUACCAAAUUCGUACUCAUUGAAAACUUUUAAACUUUCUUACCGUUUAUACAAGGCGUUCGAAAAUAACUUUCCUACUGUAUAGGGGGUUUUUGUAAACGUAGUUGGUUACAUAAAGCUGUCGGAAAGAUCAGGUUUAAUAAUGACAAUGUGAGGGCGGAGCUUAGGCAAACCAAAUGAAAUCAAAGCUUAAAACCGUCUUAAUACACUAAAGUGCCCUUAUGAGAUUAGUUCCUUUCAUUUUGUGUUUAUUGAUGUAUGGGACCAAUUCCAGAACGGAAACCCUGUAUGCUGUAGGCGUGUUUGAACACUUUGUAUUAGAGAAUAGUUUAAUUUCUCUCGGUAAUAAGACUUUUAAGUACUAGUGCGAAUUGCAAGGCCGUUGUCAAUUAUGUCACAAGGAAGGAUGUACAGUAUUUUGAAUACUGAAAAUGUCUUUAAUGUUAAAAAAACUUUUUUGUUGUUCUUCGUGAUAAAAUAUGUAUAUAUGGUCUCAUUAAUUAAAAAAAAAAAUGUUGAAUAUUUGUCGAAGAUAUACCAUGUAAAUACGAAAAUAUUUUUAUGUACCUACGUAACUGAAUAUAUUUACUGAGAAGGUAACUUUUGGUUGACACGAUUUUGGGCUCACUUGUAUAGAUUAGCGAUGUUUAUUAAAGAAUCGCUAGAUGGAGGUGUUUUUUGUAAUAAUUCGUAUAAAACAAAUAUUAGCACUUUUUAUUCCCCUCUUUGCUUAUCUUUGAGAUUAUAUUCCAUGAACUUAGAAUGGCUUGUGCGCUUACAGAAGUAUUUUACCUAAAAAAUCUUUCACUGAAAUCAGGAAAAGUGCGGCGUAAAAAAACUAUUUUGAGAACGCUGUAUUUUUUUUUUUUUGUAAAUACAAGACCCAAAAAAUAUUUAUUAAUUGAUAAUUCCUAAGUAUUAAACCCUUUUCAUUAAUUUCAUUUUUAUAUGACUGCGUGAUUUUUUUGUGAAAAAUGUUUUGUGCUGUAACCGUACAAGUCGAUUUACUUUAGGUAAUUUUUCAUGGACGUAAUUAUAUUAUUUAUUGCAUGAAUUAUUUAAACGAAUCAUUUUUAUUUAUAAGUAGGUAAAUCCCCCGAUUGUGACUGAGAUGAAGUCAUUUGUAAAAGACUGUCGUUUUGAUGUAAUGAGUUUUUUGGCGGAUAUUUUCUUUAUUGUCUUCAAUUUCGAGGAUUUAAAGAUACAUUUAUGCACGAAGUACGUUACAGACCUACGAUCAUUUUAAUUCCACCAACAGUGCAAUAUUUGAAAUUUUUGACAAUGUGCAGAGGAUAUGUGUAGCGAUGCGUACGUUUAUCCUUAUCAUAUUAAUUAAUUUUGAUUUUUUUUUAUUAUUUUUCUAAAAUAAUGCGUCUGUAAAUAUUUAAGAUGUUUGGAAUUGGUAAAUAAUGAACCUAACUAGAUAUAUCCUCUAGACUGUUAUAAAAAGUAUUAAGCAUUAGCAGCGAUGCAUAAUUUUAUCAUUUUUAUUUUUACAUUUAUUUUUAAUAUUGAGAGAUUAUUGAAAACUGAAAAAAAAAUCUACAGGGUGUCCUCGAAGAUAAUUCGUUUCUUUAACAUACCGGUAUAUUUUGGUAGAACUUUAAAACAACCGGCAACAACGCCGGAGAGGCAUUUACGUUCUCGCGACAAUUAAGCAGUAAUGUCUCCGAUCACGUAUUGGAUGGGUGACCGCUGGACUUAGCCGACUAGCGGUUAACCAUCAACGACGUGGAAUGAAUGUAUGAUGAAUGGGAAGGAGUAGAGCAUCCAAAUGGUAGCACGAUAAUAUGUGUCUUAGUGCCGCCAUGCGAACCUCAAGAGGAGGGAAAGCAAACUGGACCCCAAGCCUGAUUGAGUGGAGCCAGUGGCUGGACCCAAGCCUGAUUAGGGGAGUCUGCCAGAUUUUCUCGGGAAUGAGCAGGGGGAUGUCUGAGAGCGUGAAAUAAAAAAACAACGCUUAAGAUUGUUUAAGUUAACAGGGAAUAAAAAAUUGCGGGUUUGGUGAAAGUUUGGUAGAAACACGUGUUAGCCGGCGCAGGUGGGUCUUUCUGUCAUUGGCGGAAUGAGAUAAACUAAUUUUAACUUACUACUGUUUAGUAAUGUCUUUUCCGGAAAAGUAAUUUUUGAACACCUCCGACGGACAUCUGAUCGAUUCCCCCUAAUACUUUCAAUGCCCAUCCACUUUUUCUUUUACUUUUCAAUACAGAUACACCAUUUUUUGACAAUACGCCGUCAUAGUUCAGCCAUUUUGUAAAAAAUAUUUACAAAUUAUAUACAUAAGCCUUCCUCGUUUAUCGCUUUUUUCUAUUGGUGAAAAUCGUAUCAAAAUGGUUGCGUGGUUUAGAAGUAAGCUGAGAAACGAACAAGCAAACAGCGACUUUGUUGCAUACUAUUUAGAGAAGAAGAUUGUUGUAAGUUUAAUUUAGCUUGGAUUUCUAUUUUUUUCAAUUUAAGUAAAUAAUUACUUUUUCUUUAUCUUUUUUUAUGUAAAUAUUUAUUUUUAAUAAAAAUAAACAUGUUAAGGUUUCAAAAUUAUAAGCACAUUCAAAUAGUUCGUUUAAGACAGCUAAAUAAAUGUAUUAUGUUGUAUUUUAAAUAAGGUUUAAAAUGCAUAUUCACCUAGUGGUUGAUUUGUCAAUUUUCAUUGCAUUUUGCGUUCCAACAAGUUGCUGAUAAAACAACGGACGAAUAAACUGACUAACGCGCAGUUAGUUUAGAUACACGUAAUGCACGAGUCAGAGGCAUCAGAAUGAAGCUGGGUACAACUCUUUUAUGUGGACAUUUCCGAUCAACCAAUCACUACUUUUAUCUCCCUCCGUUACUGACAGAAAGAGACCUUAAUCUAAAGUAAUCCAAUAGAAACGCAUCAUCAGGAUGAUAUUAUUUUAGCAUUUUGAUGGUUUUAGUAUAACAUUUUUUUGUUAUGUGUAUUAUUUUCGUGAACACCCUGUAGUCUCGAAAAUGCAGUAGAUGGUUUUGUCCUGUAUUUUACUUAACGAAACAUAAUUCCAUUUUAAUUUAUAAUUACUUUAUUUUUUCUUUAUUGUGAAAACUAAAUUCAAAUUAAUUUAUAUUUUGAAACAAUUAUUUAUUAAGUUUUUAUUUGAUUAAAACGUCGAUUGCAGUUUUCUUUUUACAAAAAGAAUUUUACUUCUAUUUUUAGUUUGAUCUUUUAAGAGAUCAUUAAAAUGUGUAUCAUUUUGGAAUUUAAUUAGACGAAACUAAAUAAACUGUUGCAUAAAUUGUCUUUAUACCUCCAAAAUUUUACGUUUAACACGGACUACCCUCGUAAUUAUAGUUAUCGCUCAAGGUGCAAAGAUUAUGUAAAUUUUGUUUCGGCUAGAAUAGUUUUUUUUUAAAUUUGUUAUCUGAAAAAUAAGCGUUUGUUAGUUACCUCUUUGCGCCUGGGUGGCGGUAGCCGUUCGGAGUUUUGGAUCAUGAGAACCAAGCAUUUUGUAAUCUAGGUUGAAAAGCAAUAACACUGCUCCUUCAGAUUUAUAUAAAAAUAAAACCCAAAAAUAUUUCGUCUUUUCUCUUUGAAUACAUUUUUAAAUGAUACCUAUAUGUUUGGUGUUGAU